AUGCGUUUGGAGGAUAUAAACCUCCGAAAUCCCAUUACUGUCGCUUACUACGACCCCUUCUCGGUAUUUCCAGAUGUUCAGGAUGAAUUUUUGUCUAAAUUACCUUUGUCAAACUUGCAUUGGAAGUAUAAUCCACUAAAACCUGGAAAAUCGAUUCCACUUCUUCCAGUUGAACUCCAGGAGGAAAUUCCGACACUGCAGCAGAAGAAAAGCAAUGACCACAACUCAUUAACGGAGAAGGUGUACCUCCGACUCAUGUUUGUCAAGGCAGAAAACCUUGAAAUGUAUCGAUCUCAGGUUCGUCCACUUAUAAACGCGUGGCUAGAAUCACUAAUAAAAGGUCGUGAAGUGAAGUGGGCCAUAAUAUUGAUUGUAUCAGGGUCAAAGAGAGAGAAGAAGUCGACAUUAAUAAAGACUUCCAUGUAUGAUAAGUUGAAAAUCGAUUUUGGUGUAUCAGGUAAACAACUAGAUGCACUCGGAAUAACAAGCUCUGAAGAUGAAGAGUAUGAAGGUGCAGAAAUCGAAAACAUCUUUAAGUUCAAGGAUUCUUACGAUGAUGAAUUUUCGAAAUUACAGGCAUACAACGAGGUUUUCGGGCACAUCAAAAGAUUGAUUCUACUUACGUUUGAUUCACGGUAUACAACCUACAACGAGAAAAUCGGACUGCUCCUGAAACUCGCACAAUCGAACGCCGAAAUACAGGUGUCUGAGUUUCUCUAUAAAUUGAGAUUGGUGCAUUUGAUGGGCGACAUGAGAUUUUUGAAGGAGGCUAUUGAAAUUUUUGACGAACUAAGCGAGGACUUGAAAGGACUUGUCUCGAAUUUAGAUCACGCAUUUGACAAGAAAAACUACAGCUUUCCUGCCAAUCUCGACGUCAACCAUUUUUCUCCAGAGACAAGCUUCGACCUCAACGAACAGCUAGUGCAAUUUGCUAACUACACAACAAACAACAUUCCCGUCAAUUUAUUCGCAGUGAAAUUGGGGCUCUUCUUGAGUGCUUCACUCUUAUUGCAGUCUUUGGCCAAUUUUGCCUCGUCUAUAUCUAUAUCAUCUACUCACAUUCUGACAUUGCUUCGAAAGCUCAACUUCUUCAUCAAUGACAUUUCACGGAGCUAUCCCAAUACGGCUCGAUUAAACGAGUGGUUUUGCGUGAUGAUUGACUUCUAUUUAAAAUUGCCAAUAGCAUCCAAAUUGAAGGAACUCAACGAAGAGAACCUAGAAAAUGGAGGCGGAAAUCACAUUGAAGCGAUUCUGGAAUGUAUGGCCGAGUUGAGACUUCUUCGAAGAACCAUAGUGGGGAAAUUAGCAGUGCUAAAGGGUCUAGAAUUGCCCCAGAUUGGUUUCGUGCUUGAAGAUAUUCCUCUCGAUGCUGAGAAAGACAAACCUCCAUCCGCAGAAUUAACUUAUGCUCCACUAGUAGCAGAACUUGAGAAUCAGGGCACAUACGAUGCUUAUUUUGAGUCUUCAACCAUCGCAGCCAUAGAAGAAUUUGUCAACUGCAACAGAAAUGUCACUGUUGACCUCCUCAGCGUUGAUUUGGCCAUUUUGCACUAUAAGGAGAAGAGAUAUCAGGAAGCUCUUGAUAUUUUGAUGAUUUCUUACGAUUACUUCAUUCUGAAUGGCUGGAACUUCAUGGGUGGAGCACUUUUGGAAAUAUAUCUCGAGUGUAUCCAGAAGUUGGAUACCGUCGACCAUGAGCACAUUUUGAAAACUAAUUUGAAGUUAUUUGGAGCACUCAAGGAAAACGUGAACUUCAAUAGGGGCAUAAAUCACUACAGCCUCCUCAAGAAUAGACGCCAACGCCGUGCACUCUUUGAUCAAAUAUGCGAGGAAUCCAGACAUCUUGGACAUGUCAUUGAAUAUCCACUUUCCAAUCUAUUCAAUGUGACUCUAAAUCAUUUCAUUUUCCCGGAAGAGGGCUCGACAGACGAGUAUGCAAUUCUGGUGGAUGUGGUAAACCCUUUCGGGGUGGAAAUUGAAUUCCAGCAGUUGAGAAUUACACUUAAGAACACUGAACAGGAGAAUCUGGAAAUCACCUUUUCUGCUUUUGCUGUUUCGGUUUUUGAGAAACCAGCACAAUCGUUGAUUUUGAAGACUAAAAACUUCUGGAAAGGCAACUUUGAGGUCAAGAGCAUAGUAUUCCAAGUAACUGAGAACCUCGUGUUUGCAAAUCGUCAACAAAGUCGAGUAGAAACUGUGGACAAUACCGUGAUUCACGAGGAGCUGAAUCGAGCCGAGAAGACUGAGCAAAAUUUAAAAGAUGUCGAGCCUAAGGACACAGUUCCCAUUGCGAUGUAUCCUGUUCCUGGGAAAUUUCGUGUUGAAGUGGUAUCUCCUGAGAAAAUCGAAUUGGGAGUAGCCCAGUUUGACCUACUCAUUCACAAUGGUCAACAAGAUGCCAAAAACAUAAAAGUUGCGAUCUCCAGCUCCACCCUGGGCGUUAAAUUUGAUGAUGUUGUUUCACAUUUCCAUAUUGAGGGAAUCACAAAAGAAUCAAUUUUUAGGAAGAGUGUCACUUUUAAUUAUUUCGGAGACACAAAAAUAUUAGAUUUGAGUUUCACUGUGGUUUAUGACGCAAAUGGUGAAGUUUACGAGUACCACACCACUGAAGCUCACGAUAUGAGUUUGACACUUUCUAUUUCUGUGCAAGAUUUAUUCCGCAUGAAUGCCAUCUAUUCGAAGUUUCAGAUUGGCAGUGUUUCUUCUAAGUUUCCAGUGAGAGUGCUUGAAUGUACUUUUGAGAGCUCUGACGACAAGUACGAUAUUGUCAGGCUGUCUAAGACUAUUUCAGAGGAGAAUCCUUUGUUGAUUCUCGGCGAACAACUUGCAUACCUCUUCUACAGACUACAGCCUAAGAAUAGCAGGAUAUCUCCCUCUGAUGUCUUGGACCUCAACAUCAAAUACUCGAAUUUGCACCGUGAGUGCGCCAAAGUGGUGAACCAUCAAUUUCUUCAAAAACUUGAGGAAUUGAAGUUGUCAAGAUACUACUACUUGAUGCUCUCCUCCAUGAAUUCCCUCCGAUUCAAUUUAAUUCACUAUGCGGUUCAUGAGGAAAUUGAAAUCGUCAACGUGGACGAGUCCAAUCUACUCAUGAACUACGCCAUCAACAGGUUUGUCCCCAGCCAUGAUGUCGAGAUAUUGACAGAUAUAUUAGUCAACCUUUUCAAAGACAAAUUUACAAAAGUUGAGGAUGCUAGCAAAAAUUUCGAACAUCAAUAUCUUCAUAUCCCCGUUUCUGUGCCGUUCCUUGGUGUUCUCCACCAAGUUGAGUUCCUAUUCGACAGGAAGCAGCGGUACCGUGUUGGCGAACCUAUCGAAGCUACCCUUGAGAUCAAGUCGACAUCAAAGUGGUCCAACAACGACACAAGAGAAAUCCUCGCUUCUUCGUCUCCAGCAAGAGGAGACCCUAAAUUGCCUGUCUCAUCCAGUGCUUUUCAGUUCACCGUGCUCAAUGAAGACCAGUGGCUCCUCACAGGACUCAGAAAGCACCAGUUUAACUUGGAAGGUGAGCAUAGUGUUUCAAAAGUGGAUGUUUGCCUUGUUCCACUCAAUGUGGGCGAGCUCCAGUUGCCAAAAUUAAACAUCCAGCCAAUGGGUGGCAGUAACGACCAAUCGAUAGAGGUGGUAAAUGAAAACGCCCUUGAGACAAUCUUAAUUGUACCUGAAUUGGACAGCUUAACGUUCUCAUUCUAA